UGACUAGGCCCUACCUCGGUCAUUAAAAGCCAAAGCCUUCGGAGUUUCCCCAGCACAUUCAGCAUGCUGCGGACUGGCUCCUCACCCCUCUCAGGACACAUUAAGCUCUGCUUCCUGACCUUAGCUGUCUUUAUAAUCCUGGCUCAGACUUCCCCAGAGGGAUGGCUCAAAACGUGCUUUUAUGGACUGGGCAAAUGCAGACGUGAAUGCAGGUCAAAUGAGAAGAAGAAAGAGAUAUGUGGGGAUGUCACAGUUUGCUGUCUUCACAUAUCAAAGUCAAAACUAUCCAACAUACCUCUGACCAACCAGAAAAAGAAUGAGUCUUGUUAAGAUCCAGGAAGAUCCUAGGCAUCAGCAAGCCAAGGAGAGAUGCUGAAGAAAACCAGCUCUACUGAUAUUUGGACUUUGUCCCCAGAAUUGUAAGAAAAUAAACUUCUGUUGUUCAAGUCA